GCGACCUGAAGAGUGACAACGUGUGUGUGACGGCAUGGCACUGGGUGUAUCUGGUGGACUGGGCGCCCUUCAAGCCUGUGCUCGUGCCAGCCGACAACCCGCCAUCUUCUCCUUCUUCUUUGACACCGGCCCCGGCGGCCGCCGCCGCUGCUGCAUCGCCCCGGAGCGGUUUGUGACAGCAAGCGAGUGGAGGCAGAGUCAGAGCGAAGGAGGGGGUUCGGGUGCACAGUUGCAGCCAGCCAUGGAUGUGUUUUCCGCGGGGUGUGUGAUAGCGGAGAUGUUUCUGGACGGCGAGGUGCUCUUCGACCUCUCCUCGCUGCUCGCAUACGUCCACGGCGCUUACAACCCUCAAUCGCGCAUUGACCGGAUCCCAUGCCCCUCGGUGCGAGCGCUGGUGGCGCACAUGGUGCAGAGGGAUCCCUCGCACCGCCUGCCGGCUGCGGCGUACCUGUCGGCCUUCAGCGACCCCCUCGGUGGCGGAGGGGCGCUCUUCCCGCAGCCCGCGUUUGACACGCUCCACGAUGAGCUCUUCUGCCGCCUGCCCUCCCUGGAUGCCGACGGGCGGAUAGCCUUCACCCGCCAGCUCUACCCGCGCCUAUCUCGCGUCAUCGCUGCCUCGCUGCACGGCCAAGGGGAGGGGGAAGGGGAGGGGGAGGGCGGGGAGGGCGGGGAGGGCAGGGCUGGGGAAGUGGAGAGGGGGGAGAGUGGGGAAGAAGAUGAUGGGGAGCCGGGGAGUGAUCAGGAGGAAAUAGCAGAGGGAAGGGGAGCGGAGGAGAGAGCACUAGAGCGGGGGAGUGAGGAAGGGGGUCUUGUUGUGCAAGUAGAGAGCAGUGGCAGGGAGAGUGAUAGGAGUGAGCAGGGCGGCAGCACUGGGCAUGAUGAUGCCACAGGCGGCACUGUAGCUGCUGCUGGCACCGGAGCAAGAGAAAGCGCGGUGCCAUCGCAAAGAGCCAGCACGGCCACAUGGGGGGGUAGCGACAGCAUGAGUGGGGCGGUGGGCAACAGCGGCAGCGCCAUGGUGCUGCUGGUGGGGCUGCUCACCGCAUGCCUGCGCAACGCCCGCCUGCCGCACUCGCGCCGCCACUGCCUGCUGCUCCUGCAGUCCGCCGCGCACCAGUGCUCCGAUGCGGUCUGCCUGCAAGCCAUCGCGCCCUUCGUGGUGGCUGUGCUCGCUCAAGACGGGCUCACAUCAGCCUCCCCGCUGCACUCGCUGGAUGGGCUGGUGGGCGCGCUGGCCAACCCGCCUGUGGUGCGCUGCACCGCGCUGCACGUGCUCACAGGGCUGUUGGCGCGCGUGCGCUCCUUCCCCUCCACUGAUGCGCGCUUCUUCCCCGAGUACCUGCUGCCCUCGAUCUCGCUGCUCCCCCGCGCGCCCGAUGAGAGCGUGCGCGCGGCGCUCGCCCUGUGCCUGCCCGCCCUCGCUGCGUCGGCGCUGCGCUUCCUGCUGCUGGCCGCGGGGGACAGGCGGGCGAGUGGAGGGAGGGAGGCGGCGAAUGAAGAGGGGGUGAGCGGCAGUGACAGCGAGGCUAGCGCUGCUGCGAGGGAGGGUUGGAGUGGCUGCGAGGGCAACAACGACAGCACAGGCAAGAACGGCACCAGCAACGUGCCGGCGUUGCCUGUGCCGGCCUCCAGUCUCCCCCCGUCCCACUGGGCCAGCAGUGGCGCCACUCUCGCCACCCUCAAAGCCCUGGCAGCAGCAGCGGAGUGCCUCCCCUCGCAGCAUGCGCCCGAGCUGGCAGAGCUGCGAGAGGCGGUGCGCAUAGCAGUGGAGGAGCUCGCCACGCUCCCCCGCAGCACGCCGCCCAUCCGCCUCACCCUCCUGCACCACGCGCCCGCCCUCGCUGUCUUCCUGGGCGUGCCUCUGGCCACCAGCGCUCUGCUCCCGCUGCUCAUCACGUUCCUCAACGACCCCUCCCCCCGCGUGCGCACCGCCUUCUUCCACUCCCUCCCCGCCCUCUGCCCGCACGUCUCCCCCUCCGCCCUGCCUGCCUUCCUCCUGCCUUGCCUCGAGCAGGCCCUGGGGGACCCCUCCGAUUCCUCUGUGCCUGCCGCUGCUGCCGCCUGCCUUGCUCUACUCGCCCGCUCCCACCACCUGCAGCAGCGGCGGUCGCUGCUGUCUGCUGUGAGGCACGUGGCGCCGCUGCUGCGCCACCCGGGGAAGGAUGUGCGGGACGCUGCUGUGGCGUUUGCUGCUGCCGCUGCCGGGGAGUUGAAGCCUGCUGACGCCCAUGCGCUGCUGCUGCCGCUGCUCUCCCCCUCCCUGCGCUACCGCCCCGCGCUCGUCACCUCCCAUGCCUCCCUUGCUGCUGCCCUCAAACCACCGCUCUCAACCCAUCCGGCCUUCCCAAACCAGCCAUCCUUUUCGACUCAACCACCACCAGCCGCCAGGCAGGCCAGCGCGUCGCAAGCAGCAUCUGACCCCCUCAUGCCCCACAUGCACUCUGCAGUAUUUGCCACAGGUGCUGCUGCUUCUGCUGCUGCUGCCGUGGGUCAUUAUAGGGAACCUGUUGUUGCUGCCAGCACCGGUGCUGCUGAUGGUGCCCGUGGUGGUGUCGCGGGGGAGAGUGGGCAGGUUGCAGCAGCGGUGGGAGAUGGUGGUGUGUGUAGUAGAGGGAUCCGAGGCAGGGAGGAAGGAGUUGGGGCGACGCAAGGACAGAGUGCGGUGGAGGCGGGUGUGGCAGAUGUGACAAGUACAGGGCAGGGAGGGAGCGAGCCAGCAGCAUCAUCACAACAGCAGGGCCAGCUGCAGUCGCCUGCAGAAAUUGCAUCGUCAAUACAUGCACACUCUUUCUCGCACUCCCUGUCAGCGCCACACGGUGCACGUCCUGUAGGCACAGGCCCAGUGGGCGCGGCAUGCGGCGCGACAUGGGCCAGCCAUGGCCCUCGCUCCCACCCAGCACUCCCUGGCCCGCCACACCCCUCCAUGGCGCCCCACCUGCCCCAUGGCCCGCCGCAUCCCACUCUCUUCUCGUCCCCCCCUCCCUCCCCUCCACCCCUCCAUCUCUCCACUCCAACCUCUUCGAUUCCCUUCUCCUCGCCCCGCGUCCUCUCCUCUCUCCCUCUCCCUCUCCCUCUCCCUCCACCGCCCCCCUCCCCCCCCAACCACCCUCCCGCCCUCCACCCUCACCUCCUCCGCCACUCUCCGCCCCUUUCCCGCCCAUCCCCUCUCCCCCCACUCCCUUCCCCCCUUACAUGCGCCCCUUGGUCCCUCUGCCCCGUCGCUCCCCUCGCCCUCCUCUCCCCCUCCCCCCACUCGCCCUCUGCGUCCUUCUCUCCCCCCCCUGCCAGCCCGGACACCCACCUGGCGCUGGACCUGCCGUCCCUCGCCGUGCCGCUCUACUCCCUCGCGCACGCCUCCCCCUCGCUGCCCGCCUCUGCCUCCACCUCUGCGCUGCCCUCCGCCUCCCUCUCGCCCCCCUCUCUGCCUCCCCUCCCCUCAACCCUCUCACGCUCUGCCUCGCCCACUGCCCCUCUUGCUGCAGCUGCCCCUCUUGCUGCAGCUGCCCCUCUUGCUGCAGCUGCCCCUCUUGCUGCAGCUGCCCCUCUUGCUGCCACUGGAGCAGCUGCGGCCCCUGCAGCCUCUGCUGCUGGUUCAGGGAGAGCCAAUCUAGGUGCGGCGUCAGGUGCACAAGCUGCUGCUGUUCCAGCUGCUGCGGUUGCGGCUGCAGCAACUGCUGCUGCUGCUGGCACGCCUGACUCUGCCUCUAAGACUGCAUCCCCACCAGUUGAGCCUGCAUCACUCAGUCAAGCCAACGCUCAGCUCAGCGCACACCGCGAGUCCAAUGCGGAAGCAUGCAAGCAGUCCAAUGGUGCAUCUGCUGCAGCGCUCCAACCACCUUCCACCAACCUCUCAUCUCCCUCCGAUCUUCCCUUCGCCUUCGAUUCUCUGGACGACCUCCCCUCUCCCUCUCCUACCGCUUCCCCUCACCAUACUGCCCCCUCUGCCGCCCAUCCGUCCCUCCCUUCACCCAUUACCCCUGUUACCCCUGCCACACCCACUGCACCCACCACCACUGCACUCACCACCUCUGCACCCACCACCACCGCACACACUCCCACUCUAUCCGCGCCUCCCUCCUCUCACGCCCUCCCUACUGGUUCCUCGCUUCUUCCCCACACGGUGCUCGGUCCACCUCCUGCCGCCCACCCCCCUGUGCCUGUGGCCCACUCGCUUGUCUUCCUGGGCACCACUCAGCCCCACACUCGCAUCUCCUCCCUGUCCCACUCCCUCCGCUCCUCCCGCCGCUUCCCCUCGUUCACCCACCCUGCUCCUCAAACCCUGCCUGCUGCCAUGCCUGCUGGCAUGCCUGCAGCAGAGGUUCGGCGGGGAGGCGGUGUCGAGGGGUCGACAGGGGAGGAAGAGAGCAGUGGCGGGCUUGAGAGAGGAGCAGCAGGGGGAGGGAGAGAGGCGCAGAAGGCGGUGUUGGAGAGGCAGACGGCAGCAGAUGGUGGAGCUCAAGUUGACGUGCCUGCGCUUGCUGCACAGCCAGCCCAGGCAGCCCAGCCAUGGGUGCCUGCUCGCACCGCAGCUCAUCACCCUGCCAUGCCGCCUGCCACCACUGCUUCUGCUCAUCUCACGGAACCACGUGGGGCAAACCUGGGGCCCACUGGGCGUGCACAGCUGCCAGCAGCACAGCCAGCAGCAGACGCGGAGGCAGGGGGCAGGGCGGCAGCGCCUGCAGCAGUGAGCGAGGAGGUGCAGCGGCUGCUGGGGUGGGGCAGUGCGGACGACGGCCCAGCCAUGCUGCCCUGCGCCCCCUCGCCGUCGUCUGUCUCGCAGGCUGCUCUGUGGCGGCCGCGCGGAGUGCUGGUAGCGCAGCUGCAGGAGCACACAGCGGCGGUCAACGCGCUCGCUGUGGCGCCCAACAGCCACUGGUUCGCGUCGGCAUCGGACGACGGCGCGGUUAAGGUGUGGGACGGCACGCGCGUGGACCGGGGUACCACCUUCCGCUCGAAACUCACGUACGCGCCCGGGGGAGGGGGAGGGGGAGGUGGAGGGGGUGGGGCAGGGGGAGCUGGAGGCGGAGGGGGAGCAGGAGGGGGGGCAGGGCGGGCGACAUCGGUGGCUGUGAUGGGGGACAGUGCGACAGCAGUGGUUGGGUAUUCGAGCGGGGAGGUACACGUCGUGCAUGUGGACUAUGUGCCUCGCUUCCUCGGCACACAUGAGGCCUACAAGGGCGUCACCAGAGUGCCGUCCGUGGAGCCCUCCUCAGGCCUCUGUCCGGGUCACUGUGGCCCCACUGGCAGGCGUGGGUCUAUCCUCUCUGUCCAAUCCUGGGCGGGCUCCCACCUCGGCGCCUCCCAACCCUGCUCCCUUUCCGCCUCCUCCUCCUCGCUCUUCACCUCCAACCCCCUCUCCUCCUCGCACUCGCUGCUCCUCUUCUCGUCCCUCCACGGCGGCAUCACCCUCUGGGACAUGCGUGCCACGCGCCCCGCCUUCUCGCUGCACCUGCACGCCUCCCUGGGGGCACCUGCCCACGUGCUCUCCGACCCGCUGCACGGGCUCUGGCUGCUGGCCGCCUCAUCCCGCUCCGCCCUCUGCCUGUGGGACGUGCGCUUCCUGCUCCCCCUCUCCUCCUGGCUCCUCCCCUCCGCCCCCUCCUCCCCUCACCUGCCCCCCAUUACCGCCCUCGCCCCCAUGCUGCCCGCGCCCUUCCCCCCUUCGAUGGACGCCACGGCAGCCACAGCAGCAGGCGGGCCGGAGCACCUGCCAGGGUGGUUUGGGGCGGACCCAGGGAGGGGGGGGACGGGGGGAGGUGAGGGGCGGCAGGGAGGGGCAGUGGGGGCAGCAGGGGGGGGUGCAGCUGCGGAGGGGUUGGUGGGGAGUACGUCGCUGCCUCUGGUGUAUGUGGCGAGUGGCAGAGACGAGGUCAGCCUGUGGAGCGCCGACACGGGGCAGUGCCACCAGGUCUUCUCUGUGGCGCCCCAGCCCUCUGCCAACCCCGCCGCCUCCUCCCCCUCUCUCCCGUCGCCCUCCAACCUCCCCUCCGCCCUGCAAUCCGCCCCUCACCUGCUGCCCCUGCCGCCCUUCUCCAUCUCCACCACCACCACCACCGGCCGCACCCUCUCCUCCUCGCCCUGCAUGCCUCCCGGGCGACUGCCGCAGUCAUCCCAGUCAACGCGGUCAAUGCAGUCAACGCAGUCAGCCCUGCGGGUGGAGCAGCUGAAGGAGCCUCCCAUCCGGGCAGGGGGGGUGCGGGCGCUGCUGGCGGUGCCGGGGGGCGGUGCUGUGCUGAGUGGCGGCACAGACUGCUGCAUCCGCUACUGGUGCCGCCUCAGGCCAGAGCAGAGUGGGUGGGUGUGUGGGCCCACAGCCAAGGGUGCGCGGGGAGAGAUCCUGCAUCCGCGAUACGACAUGCGCAUCGUGCAGGGCACGAGAGUCAUACAGGAAACCCCGCCCCCCUUCUCCCUCGAAACGUCUCGUCUUCGCGCCACCAGUGCAGCAGCGGGCCAGCACGGAGUCGGGCGGGCAGUAGCAGGCAGUCAGGGGCAGGUGGACAGGGGCAGCGGAGGGGGAGGGGGAGGGGGGCGGCGCAGCAUGGUGGAGGUGGCAGCGGUGGACGCGGGGGGGUGCCACUGCGAUGCCGUGCUGGCGCUGGCUGUGGCCGACCCGGGGCAGCGCUUGCUGCUGUCUGCCAGCAGGGACGGGGUCGUCAAGGUCUGGCGCUAGCGGCCCGGGCUACCACAAGGCAAGAGGCAUGAGUCACAGCGUGAGUAGCCUUUGUACAAAAGCACUUCAUAAAGGCACGGUAGGUGCGAAUAGAGUUCUUUUAUUAGAGCAAGUGUAGGAUUGUUGCCAUGAACCUGUUCUCCAGCAUAUUAACGUUGGUCUGGUUAUUUCUAGUCAUUGUAGAUUGUUUUUCUUAGUGCCCCAUUCUUCAUUUGAUGACGUUUCUGUCUAUAUACACAGUGCCCGCCAAAAGGAGGUUUUGUUAGGGGACGUUGUGGGUGGGUUAUUGCAAAAUGUGUACCUCCAAUUUGGAUGAUUACAGACG